AUGGUUACUAUAAUAAAUUUCAAAAAGGUUUGUCGGGUUUGUUUAUGUGACACUGGACCUAUGAAGGACUUGUUCAUGGUGUGUACAUCAGAAGUAUUCAAAUUUUGCACGUCUGUAGAAGUGGCAGAAAAUGACAAGUUGCCUACACAACUAUGUCAGGUGUGCGUAGAUUUAUUAAACAAAUCAUAUUACUUCAAACAGUCUGCUAUACGAUCUAACUGUAUUUUAAAACAGCAACACAUAAAUGAGCAGCAACAAGUGAAACUAGAAAGCCAAGCAAAUGAUAAUGAAAUUACUGUGGCUGAAGUUACUGAUGAUGCAGUGCACCAAACCUUUCCAAAUGAGACUGAUAUACCUAAUAACACAAUGGAACCUGCUGAGAUUAUCAGGAGAAUCCGGAGAAGAAGACAACUGGCAAGACCUUUAAAGAAGAGAACAAGAAUGAAAUGUCCAAAAUGUGAUAAGUCAUUUCAGAAGUACGAAAAUUUCGAAGCACACAUGAGAAGUCAUUUUGGAAAAAGGCCAGACAUAAAGUGCGAUCACUGUGAUAAAACUUUCCCUACACUACGAAAUCUCCACAGCCAUUCAAGAAUCCACACCGGUGUAAGAGAAUACCAGUGUUUGACGUGCGGGAAGAAUUUUGCUUAUCUGAAUGUGUUGAAGAACCAUGAACUGAUACAUUUGGGUGUGAAGAAGCAUGUUUGCCAUAUAUGUGAUGCAAAGUUUGUACAGAGAUAUAAUUUAAAAACACAUUUAAAAACUCACACCAAAGAACAGAACUACAUUUGUGGACAGUGUGGUAAAAAGUUCUCGCAGGCGGGCAACUUGAAGAUUCACCUAAUUAGGCACACAGGCAUCAAGAACAUAGCUUGUCAACUGUGUGAUAUGAGGUUUUAUGUCAAGAGUGAUCUCUUCAAACAUAUGCGAUCACAUUCAGAAGAUAAACCAUUUUCUUGUGAAUACUGUGACAAAACAUUCAAAAGUAAUAGUUUUAAAAUAGUUCACAUGAGAACUCAUACAGGUGAACGUCCUUACGCUUGUGAUAUAUGUCCAAAAAGGUUUAUGGCGCGGAAGGACAUGAGGAAUCACAGAAUGAUUCACACUGGCGAGAAACCUCACAAAUGUCAGCUGUGUGAUCAAGCCUUUAUACAAAAAUGUGCUCUGAACAGGCAUAUGAAAGGUCAUAUGCAGAAGGACAGUGAUAAGACACAGAAUAUAAUAUUAAGGGCGAGGUUACAAGGAGGGGAGUAUGCCCAAUGGCAAGACGUGUGA